AAACGAAAUCCGAGAAUUGGCAACAGUGGGAUACACUGAGGUAGUCGCGUCUUUUUUGUCAGAACAGCCCGCUUUUAAGCAUCUAUACUUGGUUUAGUUCUGCGAAGCCAUUGGGUUCAGUACGAUUCACUUGUGACUUAUACAUAAUGGCUGGAGGUAAAGCUGGAAAGGACUCGGGAAAAGCCAAAGCUAAAGCUGUGUCUAGGUCAGCAAGAGCUGGACUUCAGUUUCCUGUUGGUCGUAUUCACCGGCAUCUAAAGAAUAGGACAACAAGUCACGGCCGAGUUGGUGCUACUGCUGCUGUUUAUAGUGCCGCAAUUCUCGAGUAUUUGACGGCUGAAGUAUUGGAGUUGGCGGGAAAUGCUUCGAAGGACCUCAAAGUCAAACGUAUUACCCCUCGCCAUUUACAGCUUGCCAUUCGCGGUGAUGAAGAGUUGGAUAGUUUAAUCAAAGCAACCAUUGCUGGAGGAGGUGUCAUUCCUCACAUCCACAAGUCCUUGAUUGGCAAAAAAGGAGGGCCCACACCUGGAAAUCCUAAACCAUAAACUAAAAUUUGUUUGAUUGGCCCCUAAUGAAUGAAAACAAGUUUCGCCCGUGACCUCAUCGAAAAAAUAAGAAUGUGCUCUUUGUAUUGACGCGACUAAAAUUUUCUAUGUUUUGGUUUCUCUUUCCUGUUUUUGUCGUAUCUCAACAAGCCAUCCCAGACCUUUUUCAGCUGCAUUUUGCUUCUCCUACAAUGGACCACUUCAUUUAAUUUCAUUCUAAAAUUGUCAUCGAUUCGCUCGUAUUUCACCCUUCGUAUUGUUAAGAGAACUCAAAAAAAAAAAAAAAUAGAAAUACAAUGUCGCUUUUUUAAA